AUGUGGCGAGAUGCUACAGUCGACAUUUCUUCCUUAUGGUCGACUAUAUCAAUCAGUUUGAAGCAUUCUCCAUCACUUUCAUCGCUCCAGUUAUUUCUCAAGAGGUCGCGCGAUCAUAAAUUGGACAUCUUCAUUGAUUGGGCUCAUGGCUUCAUGGGGUCCAAGCGGAAACCCGAGGAACUCUCAACUUACAUCACGGCUGCGAUGCAUGCCUUAGUGCCUCACAUGCACAGGUGGCAGUCUGUGGACAUUGCUUGGGAGAUUGCCCGUUGUGGAAGGCUAAAUGAUAUGUUUGGACCACUCUUCACUCGGAGGGCGGACGUACUGACGUACCUAUCCGUAUAUUGCUUCGAUUACCUUGAUUACCUGCCACUCAAUGGACGUGGCCAACUUCAUUACUUCCAGCAGAUAUUCACUGCACCACGUUUGACUACACUCAUCUUGCGGUCAAUGCCUAGCGGCUUCGAAUUGGAAUGUCCAGCAGAUUUCUUUCCCGCAAUCGAGGACCGGACGUGGAGUGAGGGUGGAAGGAAGUUCAAAGUUGACGCAGCUGCCCCCCCAGUUUCUUUGCUUCGUAAGCUCGUAACAAAUCGUCGAAAGGCACGAGAGAAGGAUCCUGACAUGGGAUUGGAGACGAUAAGUUCCCUCAAGAUCUACAUCGAAAAGGCUACAACGGUGGAAGAAGAGCGGUUUUUCACUGAUAAUGUACAGGAUUUCGUGUGGACUUUGGGCUCUCCGUCAUGGUGUUCCGACAUCUCUCACCAGCACUCUCGCUCCUAUCAUGCUAAUCGUCUCGCCGUUCAAUGGACCAAUGGUUGA